GAAACUAUAAUUAACGGCAGUUGCGUUUUUUCUUUCAAUCUAAAAUUUUAUGAACGGUAGAUUUGUUUGCGAAAUUUUCAACAAUCCGAAAAAUUACCAUGAGAAAUAUAUUAUGUUAAUUUAGGUAGUUCAUAUUGUUAAUAUAUUAUCUAUAUAAAACGUGACGUAAGAUAACAAUUAAAACGUGCAGAUUGAAAUCGAAACUGAAUAACUCCGACAUUUUGAAAAAGCACCAAGGCGGCAAAAGAGUGAUUAGUAAAUUUUCAUCUUUUUUUGCGGAAGCUUGCAAUAAAUAAGAACAGAAAAAUUGUCAGUUAAUGUAUAUUCGUGUUACAGUUUGUAAUUACUGUUGUGCUGUCGUUUUGUGAAGAAAUAAAAUUACAAAAUUAUUUUAUAAUCUAAAUUCAAAGUGAGCCUGGCGGUAGUCAGGUAGGCGGCAAAAGGAAAGAAGGAAUAAGCUAAGAUCCAAAAAUUAUUCUUUGCUAACAUGGAAGUGCGUAACUGGAAAAAAGUUCUUUUACACUGGAUACAGGAGUGCGGGUUCGUUCCUGGUAACUAUUUUAGCCUGGAACAAACAGACAUUGACGAAUUCUACAAUAAAUUUCGCAUGAAUCAUAAAUUGGUAAAAAACACAGCACCAGAAGGGAAUCUAAUUGAUUUUCUGAAAGACCAAUACGCGGAUUACACGCCACUGCUGGAUGCUGAAAACACACUCAAUACAACUGAGUACAUUUAUGCUUACUCGCUCCUGUUGCAUUUUUCCUGCGUAAAGUAUCCAGAAACAAAUUUCCAUGAUAUCUGCAAAAGAUUGUCUGUGAAUAAUCAGCGAUAUAUUGCGGCGUUUUUCAAUGAAUUGCUAGAUUGUCAGUCGAUAAGCCGAGAUAAGUUGUUGUAUGUUAUUGCGAGUACAUCACUGAAAUGUGCAAACACAUCGGGGGGCUCUGGUAAUGAUAGUCACUCGAGCGGCAAUAAUUCGACUGGCAAUAACUUUAAUCUCCCCUCAUCAUCAUAUCCGCGAAUGAGCUCGCCAUGUCGGACAUCACGCAAUGCUUCAGGGAGUAGCAGUCCACGUAUGGUGCCACCAACACCAAAGUCUGCGAUGUUGGAGGAGCGAACGCGAGAGCUCUACAAUUUGCGGGCUCAAUUGGAGACCGAGCGAUAUGAGAAGGGACUACUGGAAGUGCAAAUAAAACAAAAUGAGGAUAAAAUAAGAAAAUUAAAUCAAGAUCAUAAAAAACUGCAGCAAACUAUACAAGAUUUAAGAAACGAUAUACUUACGCAAAGUACAGAAAGCAGUUCGCCAAGUAAAGAUGGAGAGCAGAUGAAACGUCGUCUAUGUAGAGAGCUGACACUAAAAGAGGCGGAAAUAGCAAAUCUUACUGAAACACUCGGAAAUCUGAACGAAGAAAAAUCGUUGGUGCAAGAAAAGCUUAGUUUCGCUGAUAAAAAAAUCGUAGUUUGCAUGGAGCGAAUCGCACUACUGGACUUUAAAGUCGAUGAGCUUACUGCUGAGUUAGAGCAAAAAGAGCAGACCAUCAAAUAUUUAAAUGAAAAUAAACUUGAACUAGAACAGUUUAUUAAUGAAACACGUUCAGCAGGGAAUUGCUCGCGUCCCGACUAUUUAGAAGCUUCAUUCUCGCCAAUCACCGAUGCCAGUGGCAGCUCGACCAGUCCUGAAAAUCUUGCACGCUCCGUUGUAGAUGUGCAAUUGCGCGAGAAGGAGCACGAAAAUGCUGAACUGCGCGAAGAAUUGGACUCGCUGAAGAACAGUAAUAAACGCCUUGCCGAUUUAAUACGCACCUAUACGCUGAAGCAUGCGCAAGAAUUGAAUAUUUCCACAAUUGUGGAAAGAAUUACAGCCAAAGAGCAGGAAAGUAUAGAGUUUACACCAUUUGAACGUCUCGAUCAUUUGGUCGAAUUUGUGGAUCACAUAGGCAUGCUUUUCAAAGACGAAAAAGGAAAAGCGGAAACCUUACAAGCUGAUCUGCAGGCUAAACAAAGGCGAAACGAUGAACUGAGUCGCAGGUUAAUGGAGUUUGAGAAGGAGAUUGCCGUACUUAAUAAACAAUUGAAUAAUUUGAAUAAUAUGAACAUGGAAUUGGAGCAGGGCAAGAAGCGCAUGCACGAAAAACUAGGGCGCUAUGAACAAGAAAAUGUGAAGAUAAAAGAACAAAACUUCGCAGUGGUCGAUAAGCUGGAGAGUCUUGCCAAAGAUUACGACACCUACAAGAAUAAGUGUGCCGCGCAGCACCAUGAGUUUACGGCUCAAAUUAGGAAAUUGGAAAAUGAUGUAGAAGGACGUGAGAAAACGAAUUCAUCGCUAAAGAAAGUAAAUGACGAACUCAAUGUUGAAGUGGUUGCGCUGCGAAAGAAACUCGAAACGUUACAACAAAGUUUAACGAGCAAUUCGGAUGAGAUACGAAUAUUGAAUGAACGCGUGAAAGGUUACCAAAGCGAAUUGGAAGCGCAUGAUAAGACUGAAAAAAUGCUCAAGGAAAAAUAUGAAAAGAUUCUGGUACAGCACGAAGCCACCAAGCGGGAUAGACGUGAGACUGCCGAUCAUUUGGAAGCGAUGCGUAAUAAAAUAGCUGUGAAAGAAUUUGAAAUGGGUAAGAUUGGCGCUGAAAUAAUUGAAGUGCGCAAGAAAAAUGUCGAACUGGAGACGCGCAUCGACACGCUCACGACAGAAUUCAAAACGGAGAAGCACAACUCAGAAUUGGCCAUAAAUUCGCGCGAUGAACGCAUAAGGAAAAUCUCAGAAGAGCGCGAUAAGUUAGAAGAAUGCGCCAACAAACUGAAGAGUGAACAAGAACUGGCCGAAAAGGAAUUAAAAGCGUCGAAGGAAGACCUGGGGGCAGCACUCAAAACGUUCAAUGCUUUAGCUGUGCUAUUUUGUGCUGAUGAAACUGAUGCCUCGGUAAACUUGGCGCAAAAACUGGGAGAUGUGGUAGCCAAUGCAAAGCGCUUACACGAGGACAAACUCGCACUUGAUAGCAAAUUAGAGUUGAUGAGCGCUAAACACAGCGAGACAGUCUCGAAAAUGGUGGCAAUGGAAGAUGACAUGAAGAACCUCAUACUGGCCAAGGAGGAAUUGGAAAUCAACUACAAAGCGCUAUUAGAACAGAGUGAGCUGAAGUUGAAUCAUGCGGAAGCACAACUAAAAAUAUACGAAGAAGAUAUAGAAAACAUGAAGGAGGCGUUGAAGCAGGUAACCGCAGAGAUGGAAAAUUCGCUGCAGUCGAACAUCGAAGACCACACCGCGCGUGUUAUGGAACUUGGAGUUGAGCACGAUCAUGUUGUCAACUCGCUCAGGGAGGAACUGAACUCAGCUAAAGUGGAACUAUGCGCUAAAGAGCACGAGCUGCAGACGCUUUUGGAGGAGAGUAGAGAGGUCAAGAAGAAACUGGACGAGAGCGUACAACGCCUAGAAGCAGUGCAGCAGGAGCAGACUCAAAUUGGUCAAAGCAGCGCUGAAAAGCUUAAAGCGCUCGAAGAGCAGAUGGAAGUGGUAGUAGGCGAAAAUAAAAAACUGCUGCAAGAAAUCGACUGCUUCAAAGCUGAGCACGCAAAGGUCAAUGCGAAAAUCGACCAGGCUGAUAACGCUUUGAACGAUAUAAACGGGCAGCUGUUGCAGGAGGUCAACAGUAACCACGAAUUGUGCGCGAAACUAAAGGCAAGUGAGUCGCGUCUAUAUGAAACCGAACAAAAACUCGAGAGCAUACUGAAGGAAAAGUCAAAUACCAUAAAUGGACUGAAAACCGCAUACGAAAGUCAAACAGCAGUGCUGAAACGUUCUGAAAGCCAAUUGAAUGCUUUGGAAAAGUCGACACUAAAACAAACGCAAUCCAUUGCUACACUGCAGCAAAGCCUACAAAAGGCCAUCGAUGAGAAGGAGCGUUUAGCAAAGGAUUUUACGUCGGUUUCCUCACAGAUGCAGCGCGAACAAGAAGAAAAAUCUGCCUUGUUAGCUUCGUUGGAGCAAACUGCGGAUCAGUUGAAAAUAGCCAUUUGCGAGAAGGACCAGAAGGCAAUUAUAUUGGAGAAGAGUUGUGCCGAAUUGAAUAACCACAUCAGAGAUGCGAAUGAGCUGUGCGCCAAAUUGCAAACCGAUCUGUCGGAAAAGGAAGCACUAGUGCAGCGUAUGCAAGAGGAACAGGAGCACGAGCGCGACAAUUGGCAAACGAAAUUUUCGGAAAUGAUGCGCAUGUUGACCGAGCAGUCAGUUGAGCAGGAGAACAUCGAUAGCAUUUUGCAGCAGAUCACUGCCGCCAUAGAGAACCAUAAUAACUUGGCGGGUGAUGGCGACAAGAUGCCAGAAGUGGUCGAUGAGUGUUUCAAGGUGGCAGAGAAUGACAAGGACACGCUGCUGGGCAAACUACGCAUCGCGCUGAAUCGCCUGCUGCAUGGCAUCUCGCACUUGCAUACGCAGCUCGACCAAAUCGAACAGAAGCGUCAGGGCGCGGUUGAGGUUUUGGAAAAGGCAAACGAUAAAUUGAACAGCCAACUACUCAGUCGCAAUGCGGAGAUCACCGAGUUGCAGCAACAGUUGGUGGGCGAACGUAAGCGCAGCGCCUUGACGGAUAGCCUAAAAAGCGAGCUGCAUAAUUUGAAGGACGCCCGAGAGAAGUUGAAAUCACAGGUUGUACAGUUGGAGCACGAAUCGGCCAUCGUGAAAGAGCAACAUCAAAAUGCCGCCGCUGCGUUGGAACGCUUGCAGCAGGAAAAAGCAGAGUUGAAGAUGGAGUUGCAACGCGCCAAUGAAAAUGUUACGCGUUUGAUACAGGGCAGCGAUACGUUGCGGCAGGAGAAGGAUUCGCUGGUUGAGCAGUUGCAAGAGUUGCGUCAGCAGCUCACACAAACCAGCGCGCAGCACAGCUCGACUGAGUCGAUGGUGAAGAAUAUUUUGCAGAAUUCCACAACAUUAGAACGCAAAUUGGACUCCACGGAGAAAGAGCUGAAACUGUUGCGCGCGCAAUUGCAAACGCUUGAAAGUAAGAAGGAGGAGCUGGCUGCUGAGAACGUGAAAUUGCGUGAAUCGCAAGAAGCGAGUAAGAAACGCAUUGAAAAGAUUUCUAUAAAGUUGGGUGAUACACAGGCGCGUUGCUCAAAGGUUGAACACGAAAAUGAGAAAUUGAACGAGUCGUUGAAUGCGUCAAAGGUAGCUACGGAAAAGUUGAAGCGCGAAAAAACUCUGCUAGAGAAUGAGAAACAAACACUGCAACGCAGUCAACAGCAGCUCAUCAAUAAGGUGAAUCAACUGGAGCAAAUUAAGACAUUACUCGAGACGGAGAAAAAGAAACUAGAAACCGCUGAGGCAGAUGCCACAGCCAGACUGACAAAACUCGAUAAAAAUCGUCAGCUAAACGAAGAGAAAAUACGAAAAUUGAACUAUUCGUUGGAGACGACCGAGGCGAGCAAUGUGCGCUUGAAUCACGAAAUUGGUGCCAUCAACUCGGAGCUAAACAAAUUGAGGCAGACGAUUAGUGCCGAUCGCACUGCUGAAGAUUUGGAGAAAGCCAUUCACGAACGCGACGAAGCGCUGGCACGCGCCUACGAAUUCGAAGCGCUUGCCCAAAAGCUACAAACCGAUGCUCAACAUUUGCAAGAGCAGAAUUCCAAUAUAAACGAUCAAUUGGCGAAAAUUUCAUUAGCCCUGCAAAUAUCACAGGAGAAAUGUGAAGCGCUGGAUCAACAAUUGCGCAACUUGGCAAUCGAUAUGUGUGCGUUGAAGGAGGAAAAAGUCCAGAUUGAAACUGAGCAUUUGUAUACGUGCGCCAAGUUGAAAGAGUACGAAAUAAAUAGUGACAAUUUGCGUUCGGAGCGCGACGAAAAAGUGCUCACACUCGAAGCCGAAGCAGAGCAACUUCGCAAGGAGUUAUGCCGCAAGACGGACGAGAUUUCAACGUUGCAGGGCGAGCGCGACUCGUUGCGCAAUGGCAAUAAAGAAGAGAGCGUAGAAGUCGUGCAACUGCGUGAACGUUUGCACGUAACCGAGGCGUUGGCUGAGUCAGAGAAGAAGGCCAAUGCACAGUUGCGUAUAGAUAACCAAAUUUUCCAAGCUAAAUAUCAAGAAAUUAAGCAACGUCUACAGGCGAGCGAGGAGCGCAUCAAAGAGAAUCGCUUGGAAAUGGAAGGCAAACUGGAAAAAAUGAAAAAUAAAAUGAAAACACUCUAUACCGAGGAAGUAGCGAAAAUGAAAGACAAACAAGAUCGCGAACGCGAGGAAAUGGGAGUGUUGAAGGCACAGAAUGCCAAAUAUGAGGAGCAUAUACGCAAACUCUCCGAUCAAAUUAUGCGCACCAAUGACCGUGUUUUGGAAUAUCAAAAGCAAAAUGCCAUACUAUCUACCAAAGUGAAACAUCUGAAGGAUUGUGAGAGUGAUCACUUUAAACGUCCUAGUUUGGCGACGAAUUCAUUGCCAAGAUCGCUAUCGUCGGCGGCAUCCAAUGCCGCGACAAGUUCGAAUUUCGCAAUGGAGGAUGAGGAGGGUGAAGUGUUUAAUAAUACAUACCUGACCGACUUGCAAAUAGGAAGAAUGUCAAUGUGUCGCGACGUUUGUGCUGAGGAAUUACAAUACCGAAAUUCAUUGUUACCACCACACCUGAAAAGCACCUAUGCUGCUCAAUAUGACCACGGUUUGCAUGAAGAUGAAUUGAAAGAGGGACCACAUAGCUUGGAUGAUAGCAUGAGUGCGUUGCUCAGCACAACGAGUGGCGGUGGUGCGCGCAAAAAACUUACAGGCAUCACUAAUUACAAGCGUCCAGGUCCGCCUACACCCAGCAAACAUGGCGGUCGACUUUCGCUGGGCAGUUCGGAGCCACCGCGUGAAAUACUCAAGGAGGUGAACCUUCAGGGCGGGAGUUCGGCAAAGACACCAGUACGUUUCGGCUUCUUCGCUUCCAAAUUCAGCAUGGGCCAUAGCAAUUCAAGGGAUGAGACUGCAAAACUAUCAACGGAUCUUCUAAAAGUUGUUCAGCAGAAAAAUUUCCAAGCGAUGUGCUUGAAAAGUCGUGAGAAUAUAUGCACCUCAACACCACGAAAAAGUCAAUCUCAUUUCGAUCGGCGUUGUUUGUUCAAUCAGAUCAUGGCAUUAUCCGGUUCGUCAAUGGUUUCAUUAACCGUCGAAAAAGAUCGCACAGUAAACGCUGCAAAUGCACCGCCAACGCUCUCUUUGGCCGAUAUAUCGGGCAUCAACCACGCAGGCGGGUCGCUAUCACAUUUGAAAAUGUUGGAACAACAGCGAAUUAUACGCAAAAGGCGUACCUCGCUGCUGCGACUACAAAUCGGUCGUCAGCUGAAACAUUUGCCCAACAGCAGUAAACUUUCGUCCGAAACACCAUCCACCGGUACUCCGCAAACACCUACGAAAAAUAAGAGAAUACAUCAUAAAUCAUUCAAGGGAAAUAUCAAAGUCAGCGGAACCACCACCUCCACCACUUCGGUGACUUCGGCAACUGCCACCACCACCACCACUACUGCUAGUUCCGGCGAUGUGCUGGGACGCAAGAGUGGUGUUGGUGGUCGCCAUAGCCGCCGACAUAAGCGAGAUCGUGGGCCGCGUCUGUCGUUGUACGCCUGUGGCAGCAGCUAUCGCACGCCAAAUCGCAACAAAUUGCGCGAACAAAUGCGCAAAAAAGCGCACAAGCAGCGACGCGACAAUUUCAAUCUGGGACGCGCAAUAGAGAUUGACAAUCGACUGACAGGCGGAUCUCUGGAUUUCGAUAGUGUGCGCGUAAGCGAAGAAAUUAACGAUAGUCACUCAUACCAGCUAAAUGCCACAAUAGUUUUAUCGGAAAAGUGCGAUCAACCUGAAGCUUACGAUAUACCUGAGUAUACAUCGAAUUACUUCAGUGAAAUCGUAGCGGGCUCAACCGAAAUUAUAGAAGAGGGUAGUGCUGAAGGCGUAACAUUGUCCCCUAAUUGUUUCGAAACCAACAUUUCAUCGGAUCGUGCCUACAACUCGAAUGACACGCAAUCAGCUUUGGACGAGAAAACGAAACGAAACCAUUCCGUUAAUUCCGUGUCGACCGAUGUUAACACUACGACUUACAGUAUUCAUGAGAGUGACUACAAUAACGAAAGCACUUCGUCAAGCUUAAAUAUUACGCUGCCGGUGGAUCAGAAUAUGGAGCACGAGGCGGUAGAUGAGCCGUCAACGCUUGAGGAAAUCGAAGAAUUCGAUGCUCGUUACAAACACUUCGCAGAACUGGCGUCGCAGACUGAAUCGGCAGCACCAUUUGUUGUGUCUGAUGUGGAUCUCAGUGUUGUAGCUUUACCACCGCACUCUCAGCAAGCAGAAAAGCAGAAUCAUUCAAUCACGUAUACAAUGGCGCCAAAUCGUGCAACAAUGUCCGUGGGCGUGGCGAAGGCACUCAAUAUGGAUGAACAAAACUGUGACGAUAGAGAAGUGCAGAUUACACUGGUCGAUGUAGUGCGACUGUGGUCCAGCCUCUGGGCGCGCAUGGAUCAACAGUUGCAGUUAACUGUUUUCUUAGUGAUUUUCGCGCCACUCAUUGCUCUAAUCUACGUGGUCUUUUCUAGUUGACAUUUCGAAAAUUCAAUUUGGAUUUCGUGUCCCGUUUAAUGUGACACUUCUACGACUCGCGACGAUUAAUUCUGUAUCGUCGUUGUCAAGGUUGAUAAAUUCUACGAUUAAUGUAAAUUUAUGUUUGUUAAAUAAUUGUUUGGAACAAUUUCAUUGUGAAUUAUAAGAAAAGUGUUUUUUUUUUGUAUGCAUAAAUUUUGCUUUGUUGUGAGCGAAAUUCCAUGUAGAUCACCACUUUGAUAUUUGUUUGAUGUAAACGCGAGCAUUUAGAAAUUCACAAUUUGCUUAGUACAAAAUUGCUAUGUAUUUCUCAAAAUUAAUGCUGUUCAAUAAAUUAGCAAACUAAAAAGGG